AUGGCGAUCCAUUCGAAAUUCGCCAGGGAGCAGUAUGAAGCUCUCCUGGCCCAAGAAGACUCCAGUCGCUAUCGACUCUCAGACUUCAAAAGCCACUUCAAGAAGACGGUCCAGAACCUCCGCUCCACAUUCACGCCGAAAGCAGACGGGAAAUCCGGCAUGACCGGUUUAUCAAGUCUCGAGGAGCUAUCACCAGGUUUCCAGGGCGGCCACAAGCUUGCAACGAUGCUGUCGUCCAGUAGCACUCUGCCAAGUAAGAUGGCUAGUGGUAGCAAGUCCGGUAGCUCGAGCGCAUCAGGCUGGGUCAGCACAUGCACGCCGAAUCUAUCCGGCUCGACUCUUCUUUCCCAAUACGGAGAUCCCGAAGACGCGCCUACUCCCUGGGACUCUGGUCUUGACUUGAUCACGCCUGCCUCAACUCCAGAGCUAGCAACGCCGCUCGACGUCGAAGGCACCUGCAAAAGGCUGCUCUCGCGAACAGUGCGCCGCGUCAGCCAUGGCAGCAUCCACUUCGACGAUGGCGACUACAUCCGCUUCGGCAGCAUCAAUACCGGAAAAGUCACCCUCCAUCGAGCGCCUAGCGUUCAGUCGCACCCAGCCAUCAGUAUCUCCAGCUCCGAACUUGACGACGUCGAAACGUUGGCAGGCUGUUUCCCUGAGAUUGGCGAGUUGGUCGCAUAA